CUACUACUAAAAAGCAUACAACCUCCUCCAACUUCCAGCUUCCAAAAUACUUACUAUUGCAAUGGCAUGGGAUGACCGUAUGAAUUGUAUGUAUUUAUGCAAUUGAUGGAUGAAGCAAAGGAAGCCUUGUGUUGUGUUGUACUGUUGUACUGUAAUGUAAUGUAGUGUUAUGGAAGUUAAUUGGUUCUCUAAUCAAGUUCAGCUCAGCUCACUUACUCACUCCACCCACCCUUCUUCUCUUCUGUUGCUUCUAUCUUUUCUUGAUUUCAUCUCCCUUUCUCGUCGCCACCACCGCCGCCACCACCACCACCACCACCACCACCACCGUAUAUAAGCAAGCAUUACACACUAGAAAGCUUCUGAAUUUAGGCCUUAUUCUGUCUGUCUGUCUGUCUGUACAGCCACAACUACAACUAUCAACUACACAAACCAAUUAAUAUCCCGUCGGGCGGCCGUCACGCGUCACCUGCCUGCCAAUUGCCUUUUUCAUCCCAUCUCAUCUCAUCUUCUUCCAAGUCCGUCGGAACACGUCCUCUCCUCACCUCCACCUUCCUUCUUUCCCAUGGAGGAGGAGAAGGAGUUCGACAGCUUUGUGGAAGCCGCUGCUGAGCCAGCCUCCAAUAAUAUCCACAGAUCGGUCGAGGAAGUUGCCGCCGAUCCUGAUCCUGAUCCUGAUCCUGAUCCUGAAAGCAACGAUCUCCAACAGCCUCUCCUCAAACGCAGCAGGACGCUUUCUUCCAGUCCACUCGCCAUAGUUGGAGCAAAGGUUUCUUACAUUGAGAGUUUGGACUAUGAGAUAAACGAGAAUGAUCUGUUUAAGCAAGACUGGAGGAGCAGAUCCAAAGUCCAAGUGUUGCAGUAUAUAUUCUUGAAGUGGUUGCUGGCAUUCCUAGUUGGGCUUCUCACAGGAUUGAUAGCAACUCUCAUCAAUCUUGCCAUUGAAAACAUUGCUGGAUACAAACAUCUUGCCGUGGUCAAAUAUAUUGAACAAGAAAGAUACAUAAUGGGACUCUUCUUUAUGACCGGAGUUAAUUUUCUUCUCACGCUGGUUGCUGCAAUCCUCUGUGUUUGCUUUGCUCCAACUGCAGCGGGCCCUGGAAUUCCCGAAAUAAAAGCUUAUCUCAACGGAAUCGACACCCCCAAUAUGUUCGGGGCCACAACAUUGAUGGUUAAGAUCGUGGGAAGCAUUGGAGCUGUCUCUGCUGGCUUGGAUCUUGGAAAAGAAGGGCCUCUUGUGCACAUUGGGGCCUGCAUCGCUUCUUUGCUGGGGCAAGGGGGGCCCGACAAGUACCGGAUCAGGUGGCGCUGGCUUCGCUACUUCAACAAUGAUAGGGACCGGCGUGAUCUGAUAACGUGCGGCUCUUCUUCGGGCGUGUGUGCGGCUUUCCGGGCCCCGGUCGGCGGCGUCCUCUUUGCUCUGGAGGAGGUGGCUACGUGGUGGAGGAGUGCUCUCCUGUGGAGGACCUUCUUCAGUACUGCGGUGGUGGUGGUGGUGCUCAGGGCUGCCAUGGAAAUCUGCAAGUCCGGGGACUGUGGACUGUUUGGCAGGGGGGGGCUGAUCAUGUUCGAUGUGAGUGGCGUCUCUGUGAGAUACCAUGCCGUCGACAUUGUCCCUGUGGUUGUGAUCGGAAUCCUCGGCGGCUUGUUGGGAAGUCUCUACAACUACGUGCUUCACAAGGUCCUCAAGGUCUACAACGUUAUAAACGAGAAGGGCAAAGCGCAUAAACUGGUCCUUGCCCUGAGCGUGUCCUUACUCACCUCCGUAUGCCUGUACGCGCUCCCGUUCCUCGCAAAGUGCCGGCCCUGCGAUCCGUCCCUGCUGGCCGACCGCUCCUGCCCCACCAACGACCGCGCCGGGAACUUCAAGCAGUUCAACUGCCCCUCGGGGUACUACAACGACCUGGCCACCCUCCUCCACACCACCAACGACGAUGCGGUGCGCAACAUCUUCUCAGUCAACACCCCGGGCGAGUUCGGCGUCGUGUCCCUGGCGAUCUUCUUCGCGCUCUACUGCGUGUUGGGGCUGAUCACAUUCGGCAUCGCCGUCCCCUCCGGCCUCUUCCUCCCCAUCAUCCUCAUGGGUUCGGCCUACGGGCGCAUGCUGGGGGCUGCCAUGGGGCCCUACACCAAGAUCGACCCGGGCCUCUACGCGGUUCUCGGGGCGGCCUCGCUCAUGGCGGGCUCCAUGCGGAUGACGGUUUCGCUCUGCGUCAUAUUCCUGGAGCUCACCAACAACCUGCUGCUGCUGCCCAUAACCAUGCUGGUCCUGCUGCUCGCCAAGACCGUGGGGGACUGCUUCAACCCCAGCAUCUACGAGAUCAUUCUGGACCUCAAGGGGCUGCCGUUCCUGGAGGCGCACGCGGAGCCGUGGAUGCGGAACAUCACGGUUGGGGAGCUCGCGGAUGUGAAGCCGUCGGUGGUGACGCUCAGCGGGAUCGAGAAGGUGGGCAGGAUCGUGGAGGUGCUGCGGAACACGACGCACAAUGGGUUCCCCGUGGUGGACGACGAGGGCGGCGCCGCCGAGCUGCACGGGAUCAUCCUGCGGGCGCACCUGGUCCUGGCGCUGAAGAAGAAGUGGUUCCUUACGGAGAGGCGGCGGACGGAGGAGUGGGAGGUGAGGGAGAAGUUCACGUCGAUCGACCUGGCGGAGAGGGGCAACACGAUCGAGCAGGUGGAGGUGACGGUGGGCAAGAGGGAGAUGGGGAUGUACGUGGACCUGCACCCGCUGACGAACAGGACCCCGUACACGGUGGUGGAGAGCAUGUCGGUGGCGAAGGCGCUGGUGCUGUUCAGGCAAGUGGGGCUCCGCCACAUGCUCAUUCUGCCCAACUACCAGCCUCAGCCUCAGUCUCCAGGGGUUCCUCUGGUGCUGGGAAUUUUGACGAGGCAGGACUUGAUUGCCCACAAUAUUCUGAGUGCAUUCCCACAGCUUCAGAGGUCCAAGAAGCAUUGAUCAUCCCAUCCCAUCCCGUCCAGGCUACUUUACUCUUGUCAUCAUCAUUCUCUUCAUCACCUUCACCCAUACUCUCUUCUUGUUGGUUGGGACAAAAUCAUUUUUUAUUUAUUUUUUGGCUUUUGCUCUAGUCCAGAUUCAUAGCAAAGCAACGUGUGUGUCUGUCUGUGUAUCCACAUAUAAUGCACGGUAAUCAUAUGGAAUAUUGCAGUUUCAUAUCAAACAAAUUGUGAAAACUUCUUCUCGGAUAUAAGAGUGAAAGCCUACUAUAUUUAAUUAAUAUAGUAUUACAUGUCA